GUGAGGCAAGGGCAGGUGAGCGGCUGCCACAGCUCAGGGAGGGCCCUAGGGACGGGGCUGGCUGGCCCUGAUUUUGCUCCUGCUGGAACCAGGCUUGUGUUGAUGGGCUGGCUGUGAACUCUGUCUGAGGUCUCCUCUGGAAGCCACUGUGCCAGGAGUGAGAUGCUGCGGAGGCAAGCUGGAGAAGAAGACAGCAUCGUGCUGAUCGACAUGGCCUCUCCCGAAGCAGGGAAUGGGUGCUCCUAUGGGAGCACAGCCCAAGCCUCAGAGGCAGGUAAACAGCAGGUGGCCUCCAGCAGAGUUGUGAGCUCUGCCAAACCCCCAAUUGAUUUUGUUCUUGUAUGGGAAGAAGACCUGAGGAACCAAGAAAACCCCAUGCGGGACAAGAACACACAGGAGGUCUGGCGGGAGACUUUUCUGGAAAAUCUUCGUGUGGCUGGCCUGAAAAUAGAUCAGCAUGAUGUCCAGGACGAGGCCACUGCAGUUCAUUACGUCCUCCUCAAUGCACCCUGGGCUGUGCUCUGCUACUAUGCAGAAGACCUGCGCCUGAAGCUGCCUCUGCAGGAGUUACCCAACCAGGCCUCCAACUGGUCGGCCACCCUUCUGGAGUGGCUGGGCAUCCCCAAUAUCCUGCUGGAGCACGUGCCUGACACACCCCCUGAGUAUUACUCCUGCCAGUUCAAAGCAAGCAAGCUGCAAUGGUUCCUCGGGAGUGACAACCGAGACACCUUCUUCACCAGCACCAAGAGGCACCAGAUUCUCUUUGAGAUCCUGGCCAAGACUCCAUAUGGCCAUGAGAAGAAAGGCCUAUUUGGGAUUGAUCAGCUGCUGGCAGAAGGUGUUUUCAGUGCAGCCUUCCCUCUGCACGACGGUCCAUUCUCUGUAGUCCCAGAGAGUUUACAGGUCCUGGGUCUCACCCAGCGCCAAGUCUUAUUCCAGCACUGGGCUCGUUGGGGCAAGUGGAACAAGUACCAGCCAUUGGACCACGUGCGAAGGUACUUCGGGGAGAAGGUGGCUCUCUACUUCGCCUGGCUUGGGUUUUACACUGGUUGGCUCCUGCCUGCUGCAGUCAUGGGCACAGUGGUCUUCCUGGUAGGCUGUUUCCUGGUGUUCUCAGACAUACCAACGCAGGAGCUGUGCCACAGCUCGGAUAGCUUCAACAUGUGCCCGCUGUGCCCCGACUGUUCUUUUUGGCUGCUCUCCAGUGCCUGCACCCUGGCCCAGGCUGGGCGGCUCUUUGACCAUGGCGGCACCGUCUUCUUCAGUUUGUUCAUGGCACUGUGGGCGGUGCUGCUUCUGGAGUACUGGAAACGGAAAAAUGCCACUUUGGCCUACCGCUGGGACUGCUCCGACUACGAAGACAUUGAGGAGAGGCCUCGGCCCCAGUUCGCUGCAAUGGCCCCCAUGACAGCCCUGAACCCCAUCACGGGGGCAGAUGAGCCCUACUUUCCUGAGAAGAACCGUGUACGCCGCAUGCUGGCUGGUUCUGUGGUGCUCUUGAUGAUGGUGGCUGUGGUGAUUAUGUGCCUUGUAUCGGUCAUCCUGUACCGGGCCGUCAUGGCUAUCAUUGUGUCCAAGUCAAACAACGCCUUCCUCUCGGCCUGGGCUUCGCGGAUUGCCAGCCUCACAGGGUCCGUAGUGAACCUCGUCGUCAUCCUGAUCCUCUCCAAGGCCUAUGUGGUCCUGGCCCAGGUCCUAACAAGAUGGGAGAUGCACCGGACGCAGACCGCGUUUGAGGAUGCCUUCACCCUCAAGGUGUUCAUCUUCCAGUUUGUGAACUUCUAUGCCUCGCCUGUGUACAUUGCCUUCUUCAAGGGCAGGUUUGUGGGAUACCCGGGCAACUACCACACCUUGUUUGGCGUUCGAAAUGAAGAGUGUCCAGCUGGAGGCUGCCUCAGUGAGCUGGCGCAGGAGCUCUUGGUCAUCAUGGUGGGCAAGCAGAUCAUCAAUAACGUGCAGGAGGUUCUUGUCCCAAAGCUGAAAGGGUGCUGGCAGAAGUUCUCCAGGGGGAAGAAGGCUGGCUCGGGGACCCACCCAGCACCUUGGGAGGCCGACUACGAGUUGCUGCCUUGUGAGGGGCUGUUUCACGAAUACCUUGAAAUGGUGCUGCAGUUUGGAUUUGUCACCAUCUUCGUGGCCGCCUGCCCGCUGGCGCCACUUUUUGCCCUACUCAACAACUGGGUGGAGAUCCGCCUGGACGCGCGCAAGUUCGUGUGUGAGUAUCGGCGCCCGGUGGCGGAGCGCGCCCAAGACAUCGGCAUCUGGUUCCACAUCCUAGCCGGCCUCACUCACCUCGCGGUCAUCAGCAAUGCCUUCCUGCUGGCCUUCUCCUCCGACUUCCUGCCACGCGUCUACUACAGCUGGACGCACGGCCCUGACCUGCGCGGCUUCCUCAAUUUCACGCUAGCGCGAGCACCGCCCACCUUCACCUCCGCACACAACCGCACUUGCAGGUACCGGGCUUUCCGGGAUGAUGAUGGUCAUUAUUCCCCGACUUACUGGACUCUCCUAGCCAUCCGCCUGGCCUUUGUCAUCGUGUUUGAGCAUGUGGUGUUCUCCAUUGGCCGUUUUCUGGAUCUCUUGGUUCCUGACAUCCCAGAAUCUGUGGAGAUCAAGGUGAAGCGGGAGUACUACUUAGCUAAACAAGCACUGGCUGAGAAUGAGGCUCUCCUUGGAGCAACAGGAGCGAAGGACGACCAGCCUCCAAGCUCAGAGCCCAGUCUGGGGCUUCCAGCCUAGGCGGCCUUUGGACUGGUGACCACCUCCCCUCCUCUGAGGUCACAGUAGGGGUCACCGGAGGCUGACACGCUUGCCUGGAAGACGGUUGAAGAUGCGUCAGGAGACAGAUCACUACUGUGUCUUUUGGAGACCAUGGUUGUGCCUUGGCCACAGCCCAACUCAUGCCCACCCUUGGUGUAGAGUAACCACGACCCUUGGCUGCCACAGUCCUCUACUCACACAUUCUGCUGUGUCACUACCCCCGCUAGAUGUUCCUCUUAAGACUUCCCAUCUGGAGCAGUGUUUAGAGAGAUAUCUACUGGCCUUAGGGGCUACCCCCUACUGCCAUUCCUAAGUCCCAUGAGCCAAUAAAUUGUGUCCCACCCCCCCCCUUCUCCCUAUCCCCUCCCCCCCAUCUCAAGGCAAAAGGUCUGUCUGAAAUGCUGGCUUCUGUGGCUCUCCAUUGUACACAGAGAGUGUCUUGUUCUUCCUUUGCGUCACCUAUCCCAUCCCUAAUAUCACUAAUGACGUUCCGAUCCCUAAACCAAAGGCUGAGGGUCCUCUGAAUGCAUUCCCAAAUCUUAGAGACGAGGAAGCGGCUUCACUGUUGACAUAUGGUCCCCCCACCCUCACCAUGGCAUAACUCUUCUGCUUAAUGAAAGGUUAGCCUCUGGGGCCCUGUUGCGUCCGCCCUGACCAGCAAGAAAGAUGCAACCCCAGCUCUUUAGCAGUUUAUUCAGGAACUUUGUAACAGUUUUUCCCCUCCUGUUUCUCCCUCCUGCUCCUCCUGCUUCCCUGCCUUCUUCUCCACCUGCCUUCUCCUGUCUUCUGGCUUCUGCUACUUCUGCUUCUCUGGAGCCAUUACUUAAGCCCCGCCUUCCUGACAUCUAAGCCCCGCCUUACAGCCCACCGCGGCCUUGAGUACUCCCAAGCUUAGCCAAUCCCAAUGGGCCACGUGGCAAAAGCGGAUAGGUCACCAGAUGCAGAAGCAACCAAUGGCAGCAAGCUUAGCCAAAUGAGAGCUUGUGUACUUGCUCUUGGGCACAGCUGAAAACGGCUCUCCACAGGGUCCUUGCCUUCUCACAGCUUUGCUCAGUUUGCAGCCCUCCUGUGGUAGUAUAGGGUCAGACCACCCCUCCAGAUCCACUGCCUGUCAUCACAUGGUCAUUACCAGGCCCAUCUGGCUCUUAGACCUGACACCACGUCCCAGGCCACAAUCCUAGGAAGUCUGCUUACCUCUUCCUCUCAUACCUAACUAGCCAAGACCUAUCUAUGAGUUCUUUCAUAUCAUGGCCUCUUUAUCCUGAUAGAUCAAGGGCCUCUGCAGUAUCUCCUUUGCCUCCUGUGUGCCUUCUAGUACUGGGCCAGAAACUCAGCACACAGCAAGCACUGAAGGGGGAAGGCUGUGGAAUGAAGUUUUACCCCUUAUAGUGCAAACAGAAAAAGCAAGAUUCCUGUGACACCUAAUGGGCCUGUCCCCCCAAAUCCCCCAGUGUUUACGUACAAUUGCUUCUCAAACUGGGUACAAUGUGGGCCUUUCCUGUUGCUUGCCUUCUGUUAGCUGGGUUAACUGAUAGUUAUUUCCUAACUUAGCCACCCAGUCAUGAUGGGAUAUGUAUAGGCCUAUCCUCCUGCCAUUCAACCAUGCUGAAUAAAGGUCUGAACGUC